AUUAGACCAACUAAAUAGUUGGAAAAAUUGUUCUUUGCAAGCUUUCAGGCACAAACACAGAAAGUAUAUUGAAUCAAAACUUUCAUUACAUUCCCGGUAAGGUUUUACCUCUAGGUGCUUGCCAAGUGAGAGUUGAUCUUCCCACCUCUGCAUAUAAACUGUUGGUGGACUAAUAUUUGGACCCAUGACUCUGUGGUCCUUUAGCUACAAAGACCUGUAAUUUGAGGCAUAUGGUCACUAUAAUUCCUUUUGGCAAUUGACUAAAUGGGUAAAUUUAAGUCUAAACCUGGUGUUUUGGAUGCUUGAAUGUCACCCGAACAUUGAGUAGUCAAGUAAUGCAAUUAUCUUUAAAAGGAAAUUCAAGUACGCUGUGUGAGUUGUACAUAUUUUAAAAGCGUACUUGAGUUCUGCACUUGUCCAGAGCUAUACUUAAAGGCACAGCAGUGAACACACAGCAUUGUUUCAACAUGCAUUGUUCAAAACAUGUUUUCCAAGCAAUUGCACAGCACAGAGGAUCUGAUUUUAAGCCUUAUUGAAGUAACAGGAAAGACUCCCAUUGAUUUCAGGAGGCUUUGGAUCGUAUUUGAUAAGUACAAACAUUAUGUACUUUCCAUACUUCUCCCUUGAUAACUUCCUAAUAAUAGUUAUGUUCCCAGUUAAAGGAAGUAGGUCACAGCAUUGUUUGGCAUGUUUUACCAUAACGAUAAAGGAGGCUGUUGCUUAUGAAAGCUUAUGCGUUCUUGAGUGAGUUAGUUUCUAAGAUGCUAUUCUGCCCUGCCUUCAGCCUGACUUCAUGACUAACUAUCUCUCAUGACUGUGAAGUGAAAGGCACGUGCUUGUUGUCGUCUGUGGCUGUGUAAUACCACUGCUUCCCUGAAGUAUGGUAGAGGAUAUAUGCCAUGUUGCAGUCUGUGAGUGGGUGUUUAAGCCUGUCAUUUCCCACAUGAAUAUAACAUCAUUAAAUGCUGCUGUUUCCUUCAAAGUUUAAACACAAAGCAUUUCUUAUUCUAAUGUGGGUUUUAUUAUAUGAAUUCUGUGAAAACUACAGCUUUUGUGAAAAGGUACUGUUUAUUCUUUGUUUUAAUUAGGGUGACAUACAUCUCAAGUUAUUCAGACCCCUAAAACCCCUACACAAUCUACUUAUUAAGAUGCUGCUCUGAGGAAAUCAGCUACAGCUUUUCCUCUGGAAAGAACGAAGUGUGGGAGCAGGACUGUAUAUUUCUAUGCUGCUAAUUCAUGUUCAGAGAAAGAUAAUGUUCCAGACUAUAGGAGAGAGAGAAAUAUCUGUAUAAAGACCUCCACAGGUGGUCAGAGUCCACGUAUCUUGCAGCAGAUAUCAAAACCUACUUUAUCUCCUGCCCCAAAUCACAGUUGGGGCGGUUUUGUGCAGGGAAUUUCAGUGCUAUUAGGGGAGGCUGGCAUCCUCCCUGCUUUCUCCUUUGACUGUAUACAAUUGCCAUGUAAUAUAUGCAAUUGUAAUGUAAUAAAUAUACAAAAUGGGACUGUAAGAAAUAAAACCCCUCCUCUGAGGGGUAUGUUACAAUCCAUGUAUUGCAGUAGCCUCUGUGCUUCACAUGUAGAAAGGGAUGUUUUUGGUCACGAGAGGUACGAAACUGUAAAUCCACAUGCCAGGUCCUCUCUAAGAUAGUCCACAUGCCUAUCCCUGUAUCUAUCAUCAGUUUGGCUGAAUUUCUCUCUUAGCCCAAGCUAGAGUAACGAUUCUCUACCAGGGGUACUGCAGGGUGCCACGCAACGUUAGCACUGUUAGGUGUGCAAGCAUGAUUCACAAGAUAGACCCCGAAAUUUGAAAUGGGAAUCCAUAGUGUUAAAAACAUUCAGACAUGGUUGUGGUCUUUCUGAAUUGACUACAACAGAAGAAUUGCUGUUAUAUAUCUGCACUCAAAAAAUGAAAUGAGUGGAAGCUAAGAGUUGACACUUGCUGAGGGAGGCCUAUAAAAGGGUGCCUUGAGUUUGAAAUGGUUGGGAACAAGGGUACACCACCAAAUAUUUUAAACAUGUUCUCCUGCCCCAUUCUUCUUCCCUUUUCUCCCCCUUCCCAGCACCCUUGAAAAACCCUGUGCACUCUGGGAGUCUAACUUAGGGUAUUGCAGAAAAGCAGUGAUCCAUUGUUUUCAGCACAGAAUUAAGUUACCCUGCUGAGACUGCAAUGUAAAAUUUUGAGACCAGCCAAUAGCAGGCUGCUGCUGGAGAUGUGGAAGACAUGGAUCUCUGUGUGGAAGAAAAUGUCAGUCAGCAUGCAUGAGAAUCGUAAAUCUAGGGCCAGCACUGGCUCCAUAAACAUAUACUUAUUCCACAAGUCAUCAUAUGCUGAUAGUGUCCUUACCCACCUGAACCUUCUGCGCCAACAGCGUCUUUUUACUGAUGUGCUUCUUCAUGCUGGGAACAGGUCAUUCCCAUGCCACAGAGCUGUUCUAGCUGCUUGCAGCCGUUACUUUGAAGCAAUGUUCAGUGGAGGACUUAAAGAGAGCCAGGCUAGUGAAGUCAAUUUCCAUAAUUCUAUUCACCCAGAAGUCUUAGAACUUCUGCUGGACUAUGCAUACUCCUCUAGAGUUAUCAUCAAUGAAGAGAAUGCAGAGUCCCUGCUGGAGGCUGGAGACAUGUUAGAAUUCCAGGAUAUCCGAGAUGCUUGUGCAGAGUUUCUGGAGAAGAACCUUCACCCUACCAAUUGCCUUGGCAUGCUGCUGCUGUCUGAUGCUCAUCAGUGCACCAAACUUUAUGAACUCUCUUGGAGGAUGUGCCUUAGUAACUUUCAAACCAUCAGUAAAAGUGAAGAUUUUCUCCAGCUGCCAAAAGACAUGGUUGUGCAGCUCCUAUCCAGUGAAGAACUAGAAACUGAAGAUGAAAGACUAGUGUAUGAGUCGGCCAUGAACUGGGUUAACUAUGACCUGAAUAAACGCCACUGUUAUCUACCUGAACUGUUGCAGACUGUGAGACUGGCUCUCUUGCCAGCCAUAUACCUCAUGGAGAAUGUAGCCAUGGAAGAGCUUAUCACAAAGCAAAGGAAAAGCAAAGAGUUAGUAGAAGAAUCUAUAAGAUGCAAGCUAAAGAUCUUGCAGAAUGAUGGCGUGGUUACCAGUCUGUGUGCCAGACCUCGUAAAACUGGCCAUUCACUCUUUCUUCUGGGGGGCCAGACCUUUAUGUGUGAUAAGCUAUAUCUGGUGGACCAAAAGGCAAAGGAGAUUAUUCCAAAGGCUGACAUUCCAAGUCCACGGAAGGAGUUCAGUGCUUGCGCUAUUGGCUGCAAAGUGUAUAUCACUGGGGGCCGGGGAUCAGAAAAUGGAGUCUCUAAAGAUGUGUGGGUAUAUGACACUCUUCAUGAGGAGUGGUCCAAGGCUGCUCCCAUGCUGGUAGCUAGAUUUGGCCAUGGUUCAGCUGAACUCAAACAUUGUUUAUAUGUUGUUGGAGGACAUACAGCAGCAACUGGUUGUCUUCCUGCUUCCCCCUCAGUAUCCUUAAAGCAAGUAGAGCAGUAUGACCCUGUGACCAACAAAUGGACAAUGGUUGCCCCUCUUCGAGAAGGAGUGAGCAAUGCAGCUGUAGUCAGUGCAAAACUUAAGCUUUUUGCUUUUGGUGGUACCAGCGUUAGCCAUGACAAACUGCCCAAAGUUCAAUGUUAUGAUCAGUGUGAAAACAGAUGGACAGUGCCAGCCACCUGCCCUCAGCCCUGGCGCUAUACAGCUGCAGCUGUUUUGGGCAACCAGAUUUUUAUUAUGGGUGGAGAUACUGAAUUCUCUGCAUGCUCAGCUUAUAAAUUCAACAGUGAAACAUACCAGUGGACCAAGGUGGGAGAUGUGACAGCUAAGAGAAUGAGCUGCCAUGCAGUAGCAUCUGGAAACAAAUUGUAUGUUGUUGGAGGCUACUUUGGGAUUCAAAGAUGCAAAACUUUAGACUGCUAUGAUCCCACACUAGAUGUGUGGAACAGCAUAACCACUGUGCCCUACUCAUUAAUUCCCACAGCAUUUGUCAGCACGUGGAAACAUCUCCCCUCCUAAUUAUGUGUAUGCUGCAAGUAAAGAUGAUCAGUUUACUCCAUUAUUUGGAGAAGACAACUGGAACCUCAGCUGUGGAGAAAUGGUUUUUAUGAAGAAAAAUUGUUCAGUGUCUCUUGAGUUUGAAGAAAAUCAUCUGCACCUUGUAAAUUAUCUGACCUAUACAUGAAGGAAUAAGAGGAAAAAAUGUCCACUGCAUCAGCACAUGGUAUAAAUAUGAAUGAAUAAACCUGUGACCUGGUCCCUAUGCUAGCAAUUGUGGAUAAAUGCCAACGUUGAUCAGUCAUUUAAAGAGGAAAAAGAACUUUUCAUAACUGUGCAACACACAAUUCUCAAUUUCCAUGGACUCCACUGUUUGUGUGUGAAGUUUUGAAAUGGUUGUCACCUCUCUUUGUGACAGUUUGAAGUGUCAGCACCAGCUGCAGGCCAGGUCUGAAACAGUGAGAUGUCGCUGUGUAUGAAGAUAAAUCUGUAUUGCUGCAGAAUUCUGCUAUAGGAAAUGAGCUUGUUUAUAGGUGGUGCCUGAAGCAUCCAUUAGAUUAGUUUAUUGUAUUGUCCUAUCUGCAGUUAGUGACCUUUUAUCUGAUAAGGAACAGCACAAUCUGUGUGUGUAUGUUGGUGCGUGUGUGUGUGAACUUUUGCAACAGUGGGGAACAAGUGAUGAAAACCCCAAAUUAUUUGUAAUUUUCCCCCUUCCUUCCCUGUAUUUAUCAGUGACUUUACUGUUCCAUUCCUGUUAUGUUACUUGUUGUAGAUGUAGCUAUUUAUUGUUCAGUGCUUGCAUGCUGAAACAAUGCCUGCAGUUUGUCUUCAUGUUGUAAGGGCUUCUGUGAAUAGUUGUACGUUUUGCACAUUUUGUGAUCUCUGACUUGCUCUGCUGCACAAAAAAAGAAACUGUUGAGUAACAGUUGGGGGUUAGGGGUAGGGCAGGGGGGAGGGGAUGGCUUCCUCAGUCGGAAAUGGAAGGAUUACAAGGCAGGAUCUUAAAUUACACGCAUAGUAAAGGAAGAAGCCAUGGAGGUCACUUUCUCAGGCCACCAACUCCCCAGGUUACAUGUGGUGUAUCUUGUAGAUAGUGUCCCUGCUACAUUUCAUUUGCCUGGUCAUGUCUUUGAAUUUCUAAUCUGGAAUAGCCAAAAUCUUUUACAGCUUUCUUUUUUGUGCAGCCUCCUGAUUUAAAUAGAAAAUACUGUGGAUUAGUUUCUGCAUAUGGAGCCCCCAGUAAAGGCAUUGUCCAAAGUUAUUUAUUUAUUUAUUUAUUGGUUGAAACUAUGGAAUGUUUACCAUGGCCACAUAUACCUGAACAAGUGGAGUCUUACUGAUUCAAGGACAUAAAGAAAUAACCAAGAUAGAUUAGUACUAUUAAAAAAACCCAUUGCACUGAUUAGGUUGGUUCAUCUCUGUGGAUUGAAGUACAUUGUAUGCUGCAUGCUUUCAGAGGUCUAAAGGGUGUAGUAAAAUUGUUAAUUUUGAUAUUUUCAUCCUUUGAAUAUGUUCUGAAGUAACCCUCAAGCCGCUGCACCUUUCUUUUUUUUUUUUCUUUUUCUUUUUUUACAUAGCUAGGUAAGUAUUCAAAUACUUGGAUACUCAAGCGUCAAAUAUGAACUUGAUAAACCAAAACUUAAUCAUACCAAUUUUGAUAUACUCAGUCGAGUCUUGAAUCAAGUACAAACCCACUCUUUUCUUGAUAGCAGAUGCUUAUGUUUUAUAGGUGCUUUCUUUCUCAGACUUCAUUAUGAAAAAAAUGUUGGAUUUCCCCCCCCCCCCCCCAUGUUUGUAGAACCCAACAUAAAACUGUUAAAGUUGGCAUCAUGGUUGUGGUAUGCUUUGAUACAAGUAAAAAAACAAACAAACAAAACUUUUUUUUUUUAAAGCUGCAUGGAUGCAUGCUAAAACUAAACUAGUUACAAUAUUGAUGUUUGCAUUUCUUUGUGUGGAGAUUGUAUUCUUGAAAGCUUGCCAUCUGAAAACAUUUACAGUGAUCAUCACCCUUAAAAUGCCUCUAUUUUGCCUUAGAAUUGCUUUACUUCAUUAUUCUCUUAUUUCAUAGAAGAGGGGUUUAGAUAAUUCCCCAAGUGCUAAGAAAUAACACUACUUAAUUGACCAAGGCACUGGAAAACUUUUUAAGGGUGAGCUCCAAUAAGAGGCGAUCAGGACUCCCAAGUUUCAUUAAACAAGUUCCCUAGAUUUGAUUGCCCUGUUGAAAAAAAAAUAAAAUAAAAAUCCCUGUCCUCUAGAUUGUGUAAAACAAUAGCAAUACAACCCUGUAUAGGCAUGAGUUACCCUUUCAUCUUGUAGUUAUUCACACAGGUGCAAAUUGAAUGAGUGCAACAUACAGUAAAAUUAGGAUAGCUGUGUUUUACAUCUAAUUUGCGUAAGGGUUAGCGAUAACAAGUUACAAGGCAGUGAAGCACUGAGCCCAGUGUGACCACUUUAAUAUAGGUUUAUAAGACCAGGAGCUGUUUUCUUCAUUGAACUGGAUAGAGUUCUGUCUUGAAGCUGUACCAUAUAUUUAGCUUGUGACACAAAUCUGUUUUGUAACACCAUAUAACUUCCGAAAGUGGGAUGAAUUUUCUGCAGCUGUUUUCAAAGUUGUGGUCUGCUUUCAAGUCUUCGAUUAAUUCCUGUGUGUAGGCUGAAGGAAGUUGAAGUCAGGGUGGGCCUCAGGCUCUGCAGGGAAUAUUCUGGGCUCCUGCUCUUUGAAUUGAUGUGGGAAUUCUGGCUUACUACUUGACCAUUCUCGUCCUGCAAAACACCCCACACUUUGAAGCAAAUGCAAUUCACAGCAGAGUGCGCACAAAAACCUUGGCAUAAGACAAGAAGGUUCUUCUUAUUUUGUGGGCUGGUUGCUGUAGAAACCUAUAACAAAGGACAGCCUUCCACUUCGGGUAUAAUUGUGUAGACCCUUUUCUCUAGGCCUGACACCUGUCUGAAUAAGAGUGAUUAGAGCUGAAUAACAUGCCUUGCCUGGCUAUUGAAGAUGUGGUUCACGUACUAAAAGAAAACUGUACAAGUGAAAUAAAAUGUCCAUGUUCUGUCUCUUUGUGUGCUACUACAUCUUAAGGUUUUGUAAAAUUUCAUCUUUUUCACAAUGUGAAACUGAAGGUCAAUAAAUUAUUAGAGAUUUUCUCUUCAAUUAACAGUUCUUUUCGAAGGUCUCUUCCCUCUCCUGGCAACCCCGCCCCCACAAAAUUAUUUUGGUCCUUUUAUAUAGUUCAUGUCUUUGUCUUUAAAAAAAAACCCAACAAGUCAGCAUUUAAACUGCUGCUUCAAUUACCCUGAGUGUGUUUGCUUUUUUCCAUUAUGCCACUGUUACUGUAAAUUAAAUUUCAAAUUUCAGUAAUAAAAACUGAGAGUUUUUAAAAGAACAGGAAAUGCUGUUU